CGCGUGGUGACUGGUUUCGUCAUGUUUGUGUUAAUGUUCAUGAUGUCCAUGAUCCUACUUCAGGGAACAGCUUGUUCCGCUGAACAGCCCUGUCCUAUGAAGAUUGUGUGCCCAGCGAAGACGUUAGAAAGUGGGAAGGUUGUACAAUUAAUCUUAAAGGAGGACAUAAAUUCAGGCAUACCAAGUGUAUUUAAUCUACCCUUCGAGUUACCAAGAUCGUACCACUGUUCCAUACCAGCGUGUUUAUCGAACCCCUGUCAACAUGGAGGAACCUGUGAGGAAACAGAUCAGGGGUUUAACUGUACAUGUCUGGAUGGCUACAAAGGAGACAGAUGCGAAGACGAUCGCUUCAUCCAUUCCUUGAGACUAGUCGGUGGAAGUGAAAGCGAAGGAAGAAUGGUUAUCACAUCUCGUUCUCGCCCUACAACCUACAUGUUAAUCCACCAAAGAAACUGGUCCAGGGACGCUUCCCGGUUAGUCUGCAAGUAUCUAGGAUAUGAAGACGUAUAUGCAACAGUAGGAGGAGAUCUCUACGAGAUGUCGUUCUUAGAUAGAAAUUCUGAGGCUGUGACUGUGAGAUGUCCUGCCAACGUGAUUGACAUUACUAACUGCUGGUACGAGGAGACGACGGCGAUAAACAGUAGGAACGGGAGUGUAGCUGUUGUUUGCUGUACAGUGAACUUGUGCAGCACACCUCGAGGCAGUCCAGUUGGUCUAGAAAGCGGUAAGGUUCCCGACAGUGCUAUUACAGUUUCGAGUGAGUUCGGUCCUGGCGUUAGUAAACAACAUGUCCGUCUUAACAAUCAUUCUGCGUGGGUCCCUGAAGGGGCUGACGAAGACCCCUGGCUUCAGAUCGAAUUCGAUUCCACCUUUGUCAUCACCGCCAUCAUGACGCAAGGCUGGAGUAAUGAUCAGUGGGUGACAUCGUACACAGUUUCAUCCAGUAUGGACGGAGCAUCUUGGACCGACUACCAGGAUAUCAACACCACCACAGUCAAGGUAUUCAUAGGAAACUACCACCCUAAUAGUUCUGUUGUGCACACCAUCUUUCCGCCGGUCAAAUGCCAAUUCUUUCGUAUCCAUCCCAAGACAGCCCAUGAUGGGGUACACCUGGCCCUCAGGCUAGAGCUUACUGGCUAUGGACCUCUCACUGACUUAUUAGCUGCGAUGAACUACGGAGAGGUUAGUUGUUCGCGUCCUAUCCGAGGGGGAAGUAUGGGAGUGGAAGAUGGACGAAUCCCAGACUCUAGUCUCACCUCCUCAUCGAUUUAUGAUUCUCGUUUCCCUGCAUAUAAUGGAAGAUUGAACGGCGGAGCGACGUUACCUGAAAAGGUAGCAUGGAUUGCCAGCGUCGAUGACAUAGAUAAAUGGGUCAAGAUAGAUCUUGGAAAGGCCACCGACGUUACUGGUGUUAUCGUACAAGGCAGAUACGAGUAUUCAUACUGGGUUACGUCUUUCAAGGUAUCCUAUUCGCUGGAUGACGUGAUGUGGACUUUCGCUUUGGAACCACAAUGUAGUGAACAAAAAGUCUACGUGGCAAACUACGUUAACAACAUUCCCGAGACCAUACUGUUCCCUCGACCAAUCACUGCUCGAUACGUCAGAAUACACCUAGUCACGUGGCACAGACUCCCGGCCUUAAGAUAUGAAGUUCUUGGCAUAGUUGAAUAGACUGAAGUUUUACAGCAUGAGGACUUCUUCUGUUGUUUUGUUUGUAUUUUAUAUUAUUAUAAUUAUUAUAAUAAUAAUUA